AUGAAGAGCACCAACGGCGACGUCUCCGGAGUUAGCAUCGAUGACGGGAAAUCUAAGCCGCCGGGGAUAUAUUCCGAUAGUUUGCUCGGAGGGAGAGACGUGAUCAAAGUAGUGUUAUUGGUCACGACCGUCGCACUUUCUUGCCUAUUAUUCUACAAAUCUGCAAGUAAUCCACUCAACAUGGUAGUGUCUCCAUUGAAGACAGACUGUUAUUCUUCAAAAAUCAGAAACGAAACUUCCUUAGAAACGGUACAAGAGAAGAAACCGGUUUCAGAGUUAGAGAGAGUCUUGAUAAAUGCGGCUAUGGAGGACAACACGGUGAUCAUAACGGCGUUAAACCAAGCAUGGGCUGAUCCAAACUCAACGUUCGAUGUGUUUCGAGAGAGUUUUAAAGCCGGAGUCGGAACGGAGAGGCUGUUGAAGCACGUGAUCGCGGUUUGCUUGGAUAACAAGGCAUACGACCGGUGCAUAGAGGUUCAUCCUCAUUGCUACUUGAUUAACGCCACAGAUUCAGACCAACUAUCCGGUCCAAACCGGUUUAUGACCCCUGGUUAUUUGAAACUCGUUUGGCGGCGAAUGGAUCUUCUUAGACAAGUUCUUGAUUUUGGAUACAACUUCAUCUUCACGGAUGCAGAUAUUUUGUGGCUUCGAGAUCCAUUUCCCCGGUUUUUCCCAGACGUCGAUUUUCAGAUAACAUGCGAUACUUAUAAUGGGAAGCCAUCAGACAAAAAUAAUCAAGUGAAUUCUGGAUUCACAUACGUCAAGGCAAACAACAGAACGACAAAAUUUUACAAAUAUUGGAUCAGAUCGAGCCGAAAGUUCCCUGGAAAGCACGAUCAAGAUGUGUUCAACUACAUAAAAAACAAUAAUUUUACAAUGAACCUUGGAAUCAAUAUGAGGUUUUUCGACACGGUUUACUUCGGAGGGUUUUGCCAGCCAAGCCGGGACAUCAACGUGGUCAACACAAUGCAUGCUAAUUGUUGUAUAGGUUUGGAGAACAAAGUGAACAACCUUAAGGCUGCUCUUGAAGAUUGGAAACGAUAUGUUUCGUUGAAUACGACCGUGUCCGAGACUAAAUGGAAUAUUCCACCUAGGUGUGGUUAUUAA